GCGUGAUGUCAGUCUGGUGCCACUAAUCUCGAGCAAGUUUAAUUUUCGACUGGCAAGCGGUUGGUGACGACGACGCGACGUGGGUUUUUGUUUACUUUUUCCUGGAGUGAAUCAUGCGAGACGCCCACGAAUUGAACAUUAAUUUCGUAGCCCUUGUAGAGGCAUAUCCCUGUCUGUAUGACAAUACACGGGAGGAUUAUCAUAUGAUCCAUGUGCAAGAACGGGCUUGGGCGAAAAUUGCAAAAGACAUUGGGGAAGGAGCUACCAUCGCAGAUUGCAAAAAAGGUGGAAGAAUUUACGUGGAAGUUACACGAAACAUUUAA